AUGCAACAUUUGCGUGGACUAGGGGAGGGAGUUGGAGACGCCCACUUCGUGGAGGCGAGGACAAAGGGUAAAGAAAAGAAGGGCAUGAAACUCGAGGAUGCGCUGAAAGAAAUCUCGCUAGAUGGGGAUGGAGCAGAGAGCUUUACCUAUGGCGAUGCUAAUGAUGAUAUCUUGUCAACUGCUUCAUCAUAUAUACGCAAGGCCACUUACCAGGACCAACAGGAUGUGCCGGAUGCGAUUGCGGGUUUCCAGCCAGAUAUGGAUCCGCGAUUAAGAGAGGCCUUAGAGGCACUGGAGGAUGAUGCCUACGUUGACGAAGAGUGCGAUGAGGAUAUAUUUGAUAACCUUGUUGCUGGUGGGCAUGACGCAGAGGUGGACCCUGACGAGUGGAGAGAUACAUACAUUGAAGACCAUGACGAGGGCUGGGAGUCUGAUGCGACAGAAAAGGCACCAGUUCAACACGAUACCUCUACCGAUAGCCAACUUCCCACAGCAUCAGACGACAAGGGAAACUCUGUUACAUCGUCUCAGCCGCCCAAUGAUGACCAGAUACCUGAUGUGGAGGAACAUGAAGGAGACUGGCUCAAAGAUUUUGCAAAAUAUAAGAAAGACAUGAAAGCAAAUAAAGUCGCAGCCAAAGUUGACGAUAGCGCAUCAGAGCUCCGUACUACGGCAUCAACACUAUUUACUCUCGGGGGGACCCCGGUCAGGAAAAAGAAGCGCAAGGGUGCAAAAACAAACCCUUCUGCCUACUCAAUGACAUCCUCUUCGCUUGCUAGGACCGAAGGUCACAGACUUUUGGAUGACCGUUUCGAGAGAAUGGAAGCCCUAUAUGCUUUGGAUGAAGGGGAGGAAUAUGAAGGCUCCAGCAUGGCGGAUGAUAUGUCCGUUGCAAGUGGCGUAUCACGCUUUUCUAGAUUCUCCAAACUCUCGCAAGCCCCGAGCCUUGUUGCCAAUGAUAGAAAUACCACUCUUCGGUCUGAUUUUAACGACGUCAUGGAUGGGUUCUUAGAUAAAUGGGAUGAUCGACGGGUCCAUGCUAAGCGCAAGGGAGCCCAGGGCCGAAGAGGAAAGAAUGGGAAUGAAGUUAUUGGAAUGAGGAUGUUGGAUGAAGUCAGGCAAGGUCUCGGGCCUCCCAAGCUUUCCACAAAUGCCUUUGGGAAAGUCUGA